ACAAAUUUUUAGAUAUUUUUAGAUUUUCCAGACAAUUUUUUUUUUUUUUUUACUGCAUCGUGCGAAUUUCGUGAAAAACAAGUGCACAAACCAUUCGAACCAGUUUGCUCAAACGAAUUCAAGUUGGCAGCUCAACAGGUUGGGAAAAAUAAGAGAAAACAACUGUGCGGCUAAUCUCGAUAGAAAUAUAAAAUCAUAAAAUAAUAUAAAUAAUAACGUGCAGGGACUUGCGGCGCUAUCGUAAACUCAAAUUUAUCUUUUGCUUUUUAUAAUUCCAUAAACAAUUGAAAAAACAAAAACAACAACAAAACAUUUGCCAAAGUUGUUGCCGUUGUCGUGUGUCGUUUCCCGUUUGCCGCUGCCACUCGCGCUUCGUCUGCUGAGCAGCUCGCACUUGAAUUUUAUCGCGUGCCGCAAAUUGGCAAAGUUGUUUUCAGGCCGGAAUACCCUGUAAUUCGCAGCAUGCCCAUGAACUGUGAAAUUUGUUUGUCGCGCAUUUCGGCGGUCUACCACACCGGCGAACACAUUACGGGCUGGAUUGAUCUGGUCGCCGGCAAAAAGCCUCUGCAUGUGGAAGCGCUCAGUAUCAGCUUGCGGUGCCGCAGCACAGUUGGCUGGCAGGAGGUGGACCGCAGCUUGCCACAGAUCGUGCACAAUGACAGCGAGGCGAUCAGGGAGCCCGACUACAUUAACUACACAGGCGACAAAUUGUACUUGGACCAGACGCAGCAGCUGCUGCAGGGCAUCUGCCUGCUUCCGCGUGGCAUUAAGCGCUGCAUCUUCGACUUCCAGCUGCCAAGCGAGCUGCCCGGCAUGUGCCGCCUGCCCCUGGGUCGCACCAGUUACACGCUGCAAGUGCGCUUGCAACGCUACAACAAGCACGACAAGAUCUUCCAGAAGAGUGUGUGUGUGAAGCAGCGCAUUGAGCUGCGCGACUUGAGGCCGGCUACCAGCUCAAGUGUGAGCUUGAGGCUGCACUUGUCGCGCAGCAGCUACGUGCCCGGCCAGCGCAUUGCCUUCGAGGUGCAACCCACAGAGCCUGCCACAUGCCGCACCUGCCUCUGCCAGGUGAUUACCUAUCGCAGCGAACAGCCCGCUGUUAAGGAGAAGCGCGUGCAGCGCGUGCUCGACGAGAGCUCCGACUGGGCUGGCGACCUCCAUCUGCCGCUCUGCACGCCCCUUAUGACGCAGCUGCAAGGCGAGCCCAUUGAGAUCUCCUACUUUGUGGAGGCAGGCAGCAACCUCUGCAGGCAGCCAUUGCGCUUGCCUCUGUGGGUGGGCACUGUGGCGCCACCUAUUGACGCCCUAGCGGACGCUCGAACGGACAGUCCGGCGCUCGGAUACGACAAUUUGGCUUUGAAUGAAAACGAUUCACUUGGUGCAGCGAUCUGUGAGCGGCCGCGCCACAGUUUUAACAUUAGAUCCCGGCGAUCCAAAGCGAAAGGCCAGGGCGACCAACUGCGAAAGCUGCGGCGCCCGAAGAAACCGUCGUACGUGCUUUUAGCUUGGCGCUACUUUUCUGAUAUUCUGUUUCCCCGCAAUUAACGACAUGGUUGUGAGCUCAAAGUAUAAAACUAAUUGAAAUAGGUACGUGCAGGCUUUUAAAUAAAUCUGGGUGAAAUGAAAUUGAAUUG